AUGAGCGCCACCGCGCGACCAACACAGUCCUCGUCACCCUCCGUGACCGUCACUACCACCGUCGCAUCUCAGUCCCAACAACCACCCCAUCAACAUCAACAACAACAACAACAACAAUCACAACCUGAAACCCUAGUCCUCCGCCUCAACCGCAAGAAGAAGAAGGUGACUUGGAAGGAAGACACCGUGGACAACGAGUUCAUGCAGAAGAAGAGCUCCAAGAAGUGCUGCAUCUUCCACAAGCAGAAGCCCUUCGACGACGACGAUACUGACAGCGACAGCGACCACGAUCCCGAUCCCGAUCACGAUCACGAUCACGACCACGACCACGCUUCUUGUUCUUCUUCCCAUCACUCAUGA